AUGGCAACAAGUAUCUCAACGGAAAGUCACGCGGCCGUCCUAGAGUUAUCCAAGGUGAUUCCAGAGGUCCGGUCCCUCCUGGAUCCCUUGUUGCAAUUUCUUCCUUUUACGUUAAGUGACGGCGCGCUGAGCAUGCGUCAAGCCAACAGGCUGACAGAUGAGAUGCGCAUGGAGUAUUCCCCACUGGUACUCUUUGCCGGCUUUCUCGGCCUCCUUCACGGUUUCAUGGACGUGAAGGAGGUACUUGUUGUCGAAGGAGCCGACGGCUUCGGUAUCGCGUUCAAUUCGGUUCGAGAGUGUGAGCUCUGUGGAGUGAUCAACGACGUCGGGGAGGAGGAAGCCACCGUCAACAAGCUUGAGACGGAAGAGGAGGAAGGAGCCGGAUAUCAAGAUGCACAUCCCUGCGAUGUGGCUGGCGAUGCAGGCGGCACUUCAGGCAAGAUUGGAGGCGGGGACGGAAGCGAUACCCGUGACCAGAUGCCGUAUGACCAGCUGGACGGCUGCCAUGCUCGCGACAUCGAAAGAGCUCUGGUGGAUGGCAAGGAAACCUUUUGGCACGACAGCUUCGAAACGUCGGUUGACUUGGCCGACAACAUCGCCGGACUGAUCUGCACAGUGAUCCCCAUUGCUGCAAUCGAGCCUUUCGGCGCUUGGUCCUCGGAGCACUCCGCGAGGGCUUAG